AUCGCUUCACACCACCUGAGUGUGACUGCUACUGGUGGGGGCCAGGGCACACCCGAGCUUUCACCGGUGGAGCUAAGGAUGGCCUCGAUUCUCGGGGAAACCAGUUUGAGUGGCAUUGUGUCUGAAAAGGAGGGUGACACUGACAUGGCUGAGAUCUCAGACAACACAGAGUCGAUGGGGGCAGUAGGUGGAGAGGAUGCCCCCGGCUUGGAAGUCCCCAGGGAGGAGGCAGCUGCAGAGCGGCAUCCAGUCCUCGGCAACAGUGCGUCCCGUGCGCAUGGCAGCUCUGGGCACGCUGCACACAGAGAGAGACAAUUAGUGCAAUUAAUUGUGUAACAGAUGAGCUGAA